GCAGAGUGGAACACAAAAGGUGCUAGUCGUUAAGAAUGAUGUUUCAUUGAGUUUUGUUUUCGUUUUUCACUCAAUAGCAGUAAAAAGGGUUGACUUGAUGCAGGUAUAGGAAAGCAUCUGUCAUUAAUUUAUUCGCUAUUUCAUCUGAAAUUCAGUCAUUAGAAUGCAUCAAGUGUUUUUGGUAACUUGUAAGUGGAGAGCGUGUUUUUUAUUAGGGGUUGGCUUUUUGACCCUUAUGGGUUUUCUCUAUGGACACUACUUUCUGUCGGGUUUUGAAUUCAACGGUGGGGAUAACCUUCAGCAACCGGUUUCUCAAGGGUUGGUGUCUGAGGAUGGAGAGUUUGAGAUGAUCGCUCCACAGCAGCCAGUGGAACUGAACUCAGGAGAGAGAUUAACGGUGGACACCAGCAUUGCAUUUCAGGAUGAGGGAAAGUCCUCCAUGAACAAGCAAAGCAAGGCUAUGAAAUGUACUGCGUCCCUGCGGCAGAGAAUACAAGCACAUCCACAACUCCACAGUCUCUUCCAGUUUGAUGUUCCUGUGCUUAUGAGGAGCCAGCAUUUCAGCACAUCCGAGUGGCAGCGCCUGCAGCAGUACCUUCCACCCUACGGCUGGAAAGGACUGCCCAUCAAUGUGGUGUCCUCAGCGCUGAUGCUCCUCAAUGACACGGCUAACAGUGGGCUGUUUGGGGAGCGCUUGGGGGGCAGCUGUAUCCGCUGUGCCGUGGUGGGCAACGGGGGCAUCCUGAACGGCUCACGCCAGGGCAGAGCCAUCGACGAGCACGACUUCGUUUUCAGGUUAAACGGAGCAGUGAUCAAAGGUUUUGAAGAGGACGUUGGCACUAAAACCUCCUUCUACGGUUUCACCACCAACACCAUGAAGAAUUCCCUGAUUGCCUACAGGUCGUUUGGCUUUCACAAAAUCCCACAGGAGCAGGAUAUCCGCUACAUUUUCAUCCCGUCUGAGGUGCGGGAUUAUGUGAUGCUGCACUCUGCGAUUCAGGGGGUCCCGGUCCCCAGUGGACACGAUAAAGACGAUCAGUUCUUGAAGUCCCAGUUGCUGAAGCUGGCAUACGGACACGUCUAUAUGCCCAGCACGGGGGCGCUCAUCCUGAUGACUGCACUCCAUGCCUGUGAUGAGGUGUCUGCUUAUGGCUUUAUCACAGACAAUUACAGGGCCUUUUCAGAUCAUUACUUUGAUCGAGUGAAAAAGCCGCUGGUUUUCUACGCCAAUCACGACAUGCAGCUGGAAUCGCGGCUCUGGAAGCGGCUGCACUCGCUCAACGUGUUUCGACUUUACCACAGGACAGUGACAACAUAAAAAUGACCUCCUUUCAGGGAUGUGCCAGAGGGUCAGUCAGACAGAAUGCAGGAAGCUUCACAGGCCUGAAUGCUGAAUACAUCCCAAUCAGAGGUUUUAAAAAGAAAAAAGAUAGCUCUGGUCUGCUUUUUAUUUCAAUGAACAUGACUUUUUUAUGUAAAGUUGUUUUUUUUUUCUUGGUAAUUUGGUAGGUAGAUGUGUUUUUAGACACAGUUUCACCAGACAGACAGGCAGCACCCUGGCUUCAUGACUGUUCACACUGGAUCAGGAACGAAGUUGCUGCUAUUUUCAGAAUUAUGGAGUGCUGCUAUACAUUUUGUAAUGGUUGCAAGCUAAUGCCAUUGUAGUUCUUCCAAGACAUUUUAAUUUUAAUUUUAAUUUUAAUAAAUGAGUCAAGCUAAAAGCAUUUCUGAGGCUAGAUAGCGGACAAAUCUUUUUUUUACAACAAAUCAUUUUCAAUAGCUGUCUUAAGACUGUCCACCAGACUAAUGUUUCUGUCUGAAAUUUCUUUGAUUUGAGUUUACUGACUUCCUCAUAAGUUAAAACAGCAUUUGAUAUAUUCACCAUUUAUAGCCAUAAUCCACUAGCAUGUGCAGGGUGUUUAAAGGUCUACCAUACUGCUUUUACAGUAAUACCUCUUAUCCAAACUGAUCUUCUCAUUUCAAAGAGGCACAGUGACAAAGCUGUUUACACAUAGAGCAGUAUGUAGGGUGCAUGUAACAUGGACUUGAUUCUCCUUCCCUGGGAGCCUGCUCCACGGCUGAAGGCCUGUUCAAAUCACGGAUAGUGAGGACAUUCCAACUCUACAAGUUACCUGCCGGCUAUUGAACAAGGCAAAAUAACCAUUCUCACUCUGAAUAAUUAGGAGUAGAAUAAUACAAUUUUUUUUUUUUUUUGUCACUGCCCAUUUUUUUGUCAUUCUGUGCCAUUGGUGUAUUUGAUUCUGUGCAUUUGUUGUAGAGAUGGCUGACACCCCCAGUGCAAUAAUGAAAAUGAUAUACAUGUAGAAAAGCUCCAGUUUUAAUUAUAUAAAUGAUGGGUUCGUGUGGCAAAAUGGCUUGCAGUGCGCAGGUGGAGUUGGUGCAGUGCUGAGGAAUAACACACACAAGACAAUGAAAGUUCAAUAAAACAGGUCCUUUAUGUGGCUGGGUUGCAUGUCAACAACACUUAAAUAAUAAGCUCUACAUAGCCAUGUGUAUCGCUCCGUGCAAAACAAGGGUUCAGUCUUGAAAUAAUGACACGUUAUAACAACACCAAACACAGACACGAUCACUUCUCCAGACAGUGAGUGCUCGAGUGCAGGUGGGGUGAAAGACAACAGUUCAUGAAACAGUGGUGCAGUGUAGUCUGGGUUUUGGUGCUGGCUAAUAGUGACAGUUCCCGGUUUGUGUUCACCAACUGACAGUGACAAAAGAAAAAACGUUAGCACAAUGAAACAAACAAAACAUGAAACACUCACAGCAAUUAAUUACUUCAGUUUCCUAAACGGGUCCUCUCAGCAACUAUAACGAAUGAACAGAUUGCAUUGUUACGCCCCCUGCCAAUCUAGUUCAAUCACAUCUCCUCCAAACCAUGACUGAUACAUCACAUACCACAUUAGGGCGAUGACUUCAGCCAUUGUGACUCCGUCCACAUCCUGGAUGGCUGGCUUCCGACUAAUGCUGGAAUGAACUGCCACACCAUCCAGUACAGGGCACACUGUUUCUGUUAUACAGCGCUGUCACAGGUCAGGAGGGAGAUUAUUGACUAGGAUUCAUUCGCUCUCUGUCACAGUUCAGCAUUAUUAAGUUAUGCAGGGAUUCCAGCCAAGUUCAAAUAACGACUCUACAUAAACCUUUUGGCUAAUCUAGUUUCUGUUUGAAAUCAGGGGUCGGCACCACCAAGUUGCGCGAAGGACACUUAACAAAAUUACCGGACUCAGUGACGGACAUGGGGGGUGUAUAGCAAACAGCAGAGCACAGUCCGAUUUAAAGCACAUUACAUUCUCCCAUAUAUAUAGAGGAGAUAAGCACACGAAUAUCAAUGAAGAGCAGCACAACUGUAUAUUGCUACAGUAGUUGUCUAGGAAUAAUAAUACUACUAAUAAUAAUAAUAAUAAUAAUAAUAAUAAUAAUAAUAAUAAUAAUAAUAAUAAAUUGAACUCGCUUAGCGUUUUUGAAUGUACCUUGCCGCCGCCGCAGCUACGUCGAAGUCCUUUGUGCUUGUUGCAGUUGCAAUACGUAGACAUGCAUCAACACGACAGUUCUCAACGCGAUUCCUUGUGGAUGUUUUAAUUGAAUUCAUGGGGCUGAAGCCUCGUUCGCAGCAACAGGUGUCAGGGCUCAGUGGCAGUAAAAGAAGUGACAGCCUUGCUAGUUCACUGUAUUCAUCCUCACUACUUGACUUAAACAAAGUACACCAUACUUUGGUAAAGUCACUGCCACAGCAGUCUGAGUUGAAAAGUGUCUUCACAGCCUUAUCCCCGCAGUACAAUGUAUAUUGGAUUUCAACUUUGCUGGAGUUAAUGUGCCUUAUAAAUCUUGCAGCAAGUUUUGGAAUUUCUGAGACUGGUGGCUUUUGGUUGCAGGGGUCCAAAUAAAGCAUGCAUUUCACCAGCUCUUUUUCAGGAAACCUGGACUUGAAUGCCUGUUCAAGUUUUUUUGCAUAUUCAAUGAACGUUGCUUUUACCUUAGCAAUCUCCGUUUCUGGCAAGUAGUGCUGCUCCUCACACUGCCUCAGUAUCUCUGUGACCUUGACACUAGGGAUAGACAGGUCGCUUGGAGUUAUGACAGAUUCCCGGGUAGAAUCCUCAUUUGAAGGCUGUUUAAACGGCUUCAAAAUUACCUUGCAGUAUUCCUCCAGAGAACAGUAUGCGUUGUAUAGAUUUGAGUUCUCUUUCUGCAGCGCUAGAUUUAUUGAUGCGAGAAGUGGCAAAACCCACUUCCAGAAGCUUAGAUAUAGAAUGAAUUUAGGAGAUUGUAGCAUGUCAUGGAUAUUCUGGCAACUUGUUCUAUAACUCGGUGACCCAUUCCCAAAUGCCUCUCUCUCAAAGUCUUGCACUAGAGAAUCCCACAGUAACUCAAACCUCUCAACACAGGCAGCCAAACUUAACCAGCAAUUUUUUUGUAGUUAACCAGGUUUGAGUAUUCCUCUUCAUUCAGCUCACAGAUCUGUCUAAACUCCUUUUUUCUUGAAACCACACUGAAAUGUCUCAGUGUCACUUUGAUCCUGUCUUCCACAGUCAGGUAUGACUGAUUCAGCGUCUUUAGCCAUUAAGACUUGGCGAUGAGUCAUACAGUGCUGGACAAAUAAAUCGCCAUAGCGAUCUUUCAGUCGCCUUGAAACACUUUCACGUUGGGCUAGAAUUACAGAUGCCCCGUCCGAUGUAAAUCCCACAAUUUUCUCUACAGGGUACUUGUUUCGGUCAUUUUCCAAACAACCAACGAUGGCUUCACUCAGAUUUUGUGCAUUACAACGCUCGGUUAUUUCAAUUAUGCUCAAAAACUCAGAGCGAAUUUCACCUGCGUCAGCAUUCACAAAACGAUGAUAAAUUAUUAUUUGACUCGUGUCACUGUGGUCAGUACUCUCGUCGCACAUUAAGUUUACAAACGGUGCGUCUACUGCUGCUUGAACAGUUUCACUGUAAAGAUAGCCACCUAAAUCCUCGGUGUUUCUUGACACAGUUUUUGCACUGCAAAGCAGUCUUUGAAAAGGAGCAGAGUUUGGGUCAAUUUUUUCAGCAAUUUCUUUG